AUGGCAGGAUACACUUGUGUCCAGUGCCUACAGGUUCUCCGUCAAGGGGUCCGGGCCUCAGCCCCUCAGGCUCGCCUGCAGAGCCUCGCCACCGCACGGAGAAGAAGCCCCAUCUCCCCGUCUUUCAUCCGCAGCUUUGGCUCGCAACGGAACAACCGAUCACUGGGCAGCGCCCCAGAACAACAUAAGCACACACACAGCCAGUCCUGCUGUGCUCCCAAGUCCUCGCCUUCGCCUCUCGCCCAGCGGGCAGCUCACACGGCAACCGGGUCCUCCUUCGUCAACCCUCGGGCCGUCCUGAAACCCGACAACCUGUUCCACUCCUUCUCGAAUUCACCCUCGCCGGCAAUCCGCAAACGCGCCGAGUUCAUCAAGCAGAAUGCCUUCUGCCCGCACCCAAGCCAUCAGCAGACCCGCGCGGCCGUCUCGCCGCACGACCCCGAAGCCAGAAAAACCACCGACGAUGCAAACCUGCCCCCGGCCCAUUCGCACUUCGAGUGUCCCGACUGCGGUGUGCCAGUCUACUGCUCCGAGGGUCACUGGAUGGACGACUUCGAGGCUCACCUCGAGAUCUGUGACACGCUGCGCCAGAUCAAUGAAGACGACCACGACCUGAACUCCGGCCGCGUCUUCCCUGAAUUCCAUUACCCCGGUCCUCAGGAUGAUAACUUCGUUAUCAACAUGACCAACUGGGACACUUAUCUCUACACCCGUGAAUUCGCGGCUAUCAACGACGACCGCUCCAUGCGUCAGGUUACGCGCAUGCUAACCUAUCCCCAGACAAUCGGCAGUGUCCUGCACGAGCUUAGCCCGUACGGUGUUCGUUCUGGCGGACGGCUCACACCGGAGGGAUUGAAGAGUCUGAGUGCUCUCCGCUACUCCCUCCACCCCCCUAAAGCCGGUGAAAGCAUCGACGUCAAAGUACGAAUCUUCAUUCUCGGCGCCCGCGCAGAGUCGUCCCUUCCCCGCGACGUCUGGCUGCAGCUGCAGUACAUGUAUCCCCGCGCCCUGCUGCACCUCAUCUUCAUUGGACCGGAGAGCAUGGCGAAUCGAGACGGAGAGUAUCCGCUUCCCGAGCGCACACCUGAGAACCCCUUCGGCGGCAUCGUCGAGGACAGACUCGGUGGCCAGAUGAAGAUCACUACCUACGUAGACUACUUCCACACUAUGAAUAAGGCGCAGUAUUUCGGUCCCUUCGAUCCUUACCUGGAUUGCUUUAUGCUCUUCCAUCCUGGUCUGGGUCACCCGGCUAGCUCGCAUGAGUGGGAGGAGACGCUGCCUCAGUUGCUUGAGACUAAGGUUCCUAUCAUCUGUACUGGGUAUACCCAGUGGGAUCUGGAGCGUGAUAUUAACUGGGUGGGGGAGAAGUGUCGUGGAGAAUUCGAUGUGCUCCUUGAGCCCGGCGAGAAUAUCUUCCGCAGUCUACGCUGGGAUCUGAAUGAUCAGGAUCCUCAUGAUGUUUCUUGUGGAAACUGGGGAUUAUGGGCCUUCCGAGGCAAGAGAUACGAAGCUGCUUUCUCCAAAGAGGAGUAGGCUAGUUCCAGUUCACAUUUCUGUACG